CUUCCGGCAGCGCUGGCGGCGGGCGGUGGCGGCGGUGAGGGGAUGCGGCCCCGGGCGGCGGUCCCGCUGCUGUGCGCGCUGUGCUGCGCCCUGGCKCGGGGCUCCGAGGACAUCGUCGUGGGCUGCGGCGGCUUCGUCAAGUCCGACGUGGAGAUCAACUACUCGCUGAUCGAGAUUAAGUUAUAUACAAAACAUGGUACCCUGAAAUACCAGACAGACUGUGCKCCGAACAAUGGGUAUUUCAUGAUUCCCCUCUAUGACAAGGGGGAUUUCAUUCUUAAAAUUGAGCCUCCCCUAGGGUGGAGUUUUGAACCGACCAGUGUAGACAUCCAUGUGGAUGGCAUUAAUGACAUUUGCACAAAGGGAGGUGAUAUUAACUUUGUGUUCACAGGAUUUUCUGUGAAUGGAAAGRUUCUCAGCAAAGGUCAGACAUUAGGUCCUGCUGGAGUUCAGGUUGUACUGAGAAAUGCUGGCAGUGACAUAAACAUACAAGCAACUAUUACACAACCUGGAGGAAAGUUUGCUUUCUUUAAAGUUCUUCCUGGUGAAUAUGAGAUCUUUGCAUCGCACCCUACCUGGAUGUUGAAAGAGUCCAAGACAGUGGUGCGGGUGACAAGUUCCAAUGCUUAUGCUGCCAGCCCCCUGAUUGUGGCAGGCUACAAYGUCUCUGGGUCUGUGAGGAGUGAUGGAGAACCCAUGAAAGGGGUUAUGUUUCUCCUUUUCUCCUCUUCGGUCUCUAAAGAGGAUGUUGUGGGUUGCAAUAUUUCUCCUGUGGAUGGGUUCCAAUCCAGAGAUGAGUCUUUAUCCUAUUUGUGCAAUGUUGUAUCAAAAGAAGAUGGAUCUUUCAGCUUUCUUUCUCUGCCAAGUGGGAAAUACACCGUGAUACCAUUCUACAGGGGAGAGAGAAUCACCUUUGAUGUUGCACCCUCUAGACUGGACUUCCUUGUAGAGCAUGACAGUUUACAGAUUGAGCCUGUUUUCCAUGUGAUGGGUUUCUCUGUCACAGGCAGGGUGUUAAAUGGUCCUGAAGGAGAAGGAGUUGCUGAUGCCACUGUGACUCUGAACAAUCAGAUUAAAGUGAAAACAAAAGCUGAUGGCUCUUUCCGCCUGGAGAACAUAACAACGGGUACAUACACAAUUCAUGCCAGGAAAGAACACCUGUUUUUUGAUACUAUUACUGUGAAGAUUGCACCAAAUACACCUCAGCUGGCAAACAUCAUUGCAACAGGGUUCAGUGUGUGUGGCCGCAUCUCAGUAACUCGAUUCCCUGACACAGUCAAACAGAUCAGUAAAUACAAAGUAACCAUGAUACCUGAAGACAGAGACAAAGCAUCACAGGUGACAACAGAAACUGACCCUCACGGAGCAUUUUGUUUCAAGGCAAAAUCGGGUGCAUACAAUGUUCAGGUAGUUAUUCCAGAGGCUGAGACCAGAGCAGGAUUGGCUUUGAAACCCAAAAUGUUCCCUGUCACUGUCACUGACAGACCAGUGAUGGRUGUGACCUUCUCUCAGUUUUUGGCAUCUGUCUCAGGGAAGAUCUCUUGUUUAGACGCGUGUGGGGACCUGAUGGUGACACUGCAGUCUGUGAGCCGCCAGGGGGAGAAGCGCAGCCUGCAGCUGGCCGGGAGCAGGGACUCGGUGCCCUUCACCUUCGAGGGGGUGCUCCCGGGCAAGUACAAAGUAAGCAUUGUACAUGAAGACUGGUGCUGGAAGAAUAAAUCUUUAGAAUUGGAAGUCUUGGAGGAAGAUGUGUCAGGAGUAGAAUUCAGACAGACUGGAUACAUGCUGAGGUGUUCUCUUUCUCAUGCCAUCACACUGGAAUUUUAUCAGGAUGGAAAUGGACCAGAGAAUGUUGGUGUUUAUAACCUGUCCAAAGGAGUUAAUAGAUUCUGUCUUUCAAAGCCAGGUGUGUAUGAAGUGACCCCGCGCUCCUGCCACCAGUUUGAACAYGAGUAUUACACCUACGACACGUCCUCUCCCAGUAUCCUGACACUCACUGCAGUUCGACACCAUGUCCUUGGCACGAUCGUAACAGAUAAACUGAUGGAUGUCACUGUUACCAUUAAGUCAUCAAUUGACAGUGAACCUGCCUUAGUUUUAGGACCCCUGAAAUCUGUUCAGGAGCUCCGGCGGGAGCAGCAGCUGGCAGAAAUCGAGAGCCGCCGGCAGGAGAGAGAAAAGAAGGGUCAAGAGGAGGAGGGAACAAAGCCACCUGUGCAAGAAAUGGUGGAGGAGCUCCAAGGACCUUUCUUGUAUGAAUUUUCAUACUGGGCAAGGUCUGGAGAGAAAAUCACUGUGACACCAUCGUCAAAAGAGCUGCUUUUCUACCCACCUUAUGUGGAAGCAGUUGUUAGUGGAGAGAGUUGUCCUGGGAAGCUGAUAGAGAUCCAUGGAAAAGCAGGCUURUUUCUGGAAGGGCAAAUCCAUCCUGAAUUGGAAGGUGUUGAGAUUGUCAUUAGUGAGAAGGGAGCAACUUCCCCACUUAUCACCGUUUUCACCGAUGACAAAGGCACUUACAGUGUUGGGCCACUCCACAGUGACUUGGAAUACACGAUCACUGCUCAGAAAGAACGUUUUGUUUUGUCUGCAGUAGAAGGAACGGUUGGAGACUUCAAAGCUUUUGCUCUUGCUGGGGUGACAUUUGAGAUCAAAUCAGAGGAUGACCAAGCUCUUGCUGGAGUUCUCUUGUCUCUCAGUGGAGGGGUGUUUCGGUCCAACCUCCUCACACAGGAUAAUGGCAUGCUGACUUUUUCCAAUCUGAGCCCAGGACAGUAUUACUUUAAACCCAUGAUGAAAGAAUUUCGCUUUGAACCGUCAUCACAAAUGAUUGAAGUGCAGGAAGGACAAAAUCUCAAAAUCCAGAUAACUGGUUACAGAACAGCUUACAGCUGUUAUGGCACAGUUUCCUCUUUAAAUGGAGAGCCUGAGCAGGGAGUCUCAGUGGAGGCUGUGGGACAGAAUGACUGCAGCAUCUAUGGAGAGGACACAAUAACUGAUGAAGAGGGCAAAUUCAGGCUCCGUGGCCUUCGGCCUGGCUGUGUGUAUCAUGUCCAACUCAAAGCUGAAGGCAAUGAUCACAUUGAAAGAGCUUUACCACAGCAUCGGGCAAUUGAGGUUGGGAACAGUGACAUUGAUGAUGUUAAUAUUAUAGCAUUCCGGCAAAUUAAUCAAUUUGAUUUAAGUGGAAAUGUAAUUACAGCUUCUGAAUAUCUCUCCACAUUAUGUGUGAAGCUCUACAAAAGUGAAAAUCUUGACAACCCAAUUCAUACAGUCAACUUAGGCCUAUCCCUGUUUUUCCAUUUCCCACCACUACUCCGAGAUGGAGAGAAUUAUGUGGUGCUCCUGGAUUCUACAUUGUCUAAAUCCCAGUAUGACUACACCCUGCCUCAAGUUUCUUUCACUGCCAUUGGAUAUCAUAAACACAUUACACUGGUCUUCAGUCCCACUAGAAAGCUGCCUGAACAAGAUAUUGCCCAAGGGUCUUACAUCGCGUUACCGCUGACGCUGCUCCUGCUGCUGGCUGGUUACAACCAUGAUAAGCUGAUUCCUUUAYUGCUGCAGCUGACAACUCGGCUGCAAGGAGUGCGUGCUCUUGGACAGGCAGGCUCUGACACGGGGGGCUCCGAGGAUGCAAAGAGACAAACCAAGAAACAGAAGACAAGACGGACGUGAGGUGAAAGGAAGGAUUGUAUGAAGUGGUGCUCUGUCAAACUGCAGCCUGAGGAGGCAAAGCCACUAAAACACAGUUUUGUUGAAUUUGCAGACUUGACAUUUUCGUUUUUGCUACGUGAGCACCAUUUGUCAGGUUCGCUCCAUUUUGGCUGUAAAUUUUCUGUGGAGUCUAUGGAUUUCCUUGUUGUAAAGUGAUUAAAUGAAUGCCUCUGUCACUGUGAGUGCAUCUCUCAUACUUGAAGACAAUGCUUUUUUUCUUUUCAUUGGAACAGGUCAUGCUAUUCUUAUUAAUGAUUUAUAAAAGCAGUGCUAAUAGACUACUUGAUUUCAGUUUCAGYCUAGAUUCUGGGAUGAUUUUUCCUUACCUUUUGAGAUACCCACUUUACAGAAGCAACACACAGGGAUUCUACUAAAUCAGUGUUGCUUGAAACAAAGUUUUAAGGGACAUAGCUGGACUGGUGAAUUAUGUCAUUGUCACUUCCAGUUCAGCAGCUUGUUUGAGGAGGCUGGUCUGAUUGCAGUUCUUGUCCAGURAUAAUGUUAUCUUUGAUUAAGUUUUUGCCUGAUGAAGACAAAUUCUYGAUGUCAGGUGAGGUUAGUUGUUAACAUCAGGUAAGUUCUGAUGUUGCUACUGCAAAAGCAGUGUUUCAGUUCUGGUUUCAUAUCCAGUGUGAUCUCUUUUGACCUCCAAUAUUCCUGAGGUGGCUCCAGCUGGCUGCACUAUUCUUUCCAAAGUUGUACCGUGUUCUUGGUGUUACCCGUUCACUCAUGGUGGUCACAUCUCCUGCUCAGGCCAUCCACAGCCUUUUUCCCAAUUAAUGAUUGAUUUUUUUUUUUAAACCUUUUUUUUACCUUUCGGGUUUCUUUUAACUGUAAGGGAUGUGAGCUUUUUGAAAUCUGCAACAGAUACAGUCCCAAUAACAUAGCCUGUAAUAAAUAACUGUUUCUUACAGGCUAUCUUUUGAUUCUUGCUUGAGGUAGGUAGUUGGACAUACACAGUUUAAAUGUUAAUGGGCCUUUUUAUUGACAAAUACUAUAAAGGUUAACAGAGCAUUUGAGGAUGCACAUAAAUGCCUACAAAUAUUGCAAAGACAUUGGUACUGCCAGUAAGUGGCAAUGUUUCUCUUUUACAGUACUUGAAAUAAAGUCCCCUUACAUUUAAAUGUUUUAGCUUACAAACACUACCAUUCUUAGAAAUUUGAAUGCUGAAGAUUUUACACUGUUAUUUUUGCWCCUUCAAAGGGUUUGGGCCUAAAUAAUUACAAUUUCAUUUGRUGAUGAUUCUAAUCUCUCAGAGGGAAAUUUUGUCAAAACCAUAAUAAGAAUGUAGAAUGUUGAAAAAGCAUUGUAUGUAGAGCUUGAGAUGAAGCUCUAAUAAAUUAUCAUGCUCUCUACCUAAUAACUUCGAAUUUUAUAUUGCUGUGAUGAAAUAUAUGGGGAAAAGACAAGGUGUUCUAAGACUUAUAAUAAAUUGUACAUUUUCAGUGUAUUUUUAUUUUAAGCUGGUGAAUGUUAAGAAAGUUUUUGUGACUUUGGGGAAUGUAUGAGGAAGAAAUGCACAUAUCCAGGUGCCUCGAAGGGGUUCCAGAUAUUCUGAUCUCUGAACUGUGAGACUGACUGAUGAUUGAACUUAAACAUUGGAACUGCUGUUAAUAAAAAGAAAAAAAGUGUUAAUUCUUGCUAAUUUAGUGUCUGCU